AUUGGUUCAGGUUGAAGUUGCAGUCCUGUAGCGUCCACAUGUGCCUGAGCUGAUGUGUGAUGUUAGUAGAGAAAUAUAGAGGAGGUCUAACUGAGACAUGAAAACUGGACAAACCCUAUAGCUAAAUUAAGACACAGUUAGAAGAUGCUGAGUGAUUCUGAGGCUGCAGAGCUGCUUUCCUUCCUGACCCCCAGUACACGACCUGAUGUCAAAGGUCAUGCCACCGAAUACCUCCUGGGACUGUCUGGACACAGAGAUGGCUGCCGCUUCCUCCACUCUAAACCUGACUUACUUGCUGCCCUGUUUGCGCUGACCUCUGACCCGUCUGUUGCCAUAGUGAAGGACUGUUACCACAUCUUCAUCAACCUGUCAGCUGAUGAGACUCUGCACAAGGUGCUGGUGACAGAUGUCCAAGUUCUUCCAGUGUUGCUGAAGAACCUUAUGGAUCCAGAUUACCUGUUCUCUGAUCAGAUCUGCACCAUCCUGUCCAACCUGACCCGCCAUGAGAAGACCUGCAAGACUGUGUUCAAGGUCCUCCAGGAGGAUGUCGGUCUGGCUCAGCUGGUGGAGAUCUUCUGCACUGAAGGUUACAACAAGAGGGCGAAGCUCCACUACCUGGGUCCUCUGCUGUCCAACCUGACGCAGCUGCCCGAUGCCAGAAACUACAUGCUGGACAAGGACAGGUGUGUAGUCCAGAGGUUGUUGCCCUACACUCAGUACCAGGCAUCAGCGGUGAGGAGGGGCGGAGUCAUAGGCACCCUGCGCAACUGUUGCUUUGACCACGCCCAUCAUGACUGGUUGCUAAGCGACGCUGUGGACAUCCUGCCCUUCCUGUUGCUGCCGCUGGCAGGUCCAGAGGAGCUGAGUGAGGAAGAGAAUGAUGGUCUGCCUGUGGACCUGCAGUACCUCCCGGAGGACAAAGAGAGAGAAGAAGACCCCGACAUCAGGAAGAUGCUGCUGGAAACGCUCUUUCUGCUGACGGCGACCAAAAGUGGCCGACGGACGCUAAAAGAUAAGAACGCUUAUCCGAUCUUGAGAGAGUUCCACCGCUGGGAGAAAGACGUCCACGUUGGAGCGGCCUGUGAGAAACUGGUCCAGGUGCUGAUAGGAGACGAGCCGGAGCAGGGGAUGGAGAACCUGAUGGAGGUGGAGAUACCCAACGACGUGGAAGAGAAACUGAAGGACGCCGACGCCAAAGAACAAGAGGAGCUGGAUAAAGAGCAGAAGAGGAUACAGGAGGAAGAGGAGGAGGAGGAGAGGAAGAAGAAGAACGGUGCUCCAGAGGGGACAGACAGAGGACAACAGGAAGGACUGAUUCGAUAAAACCUGUUUUAGACUUUGAAUCUGUAACAUUUCUGACUUCAAGUGGAUUUUUGUCAUUCAGACAUAGGAUUUAAUCAGACAUGACGGGACAUUUAGAGAAAGAGCCGCACUGCUCGGUGAUAUUUGUCAGCUGGUUCACAGAAAGGAAGUGAUGUCACAGCUGGAGAACAGCGGUGAGAAAAGUAAAAGUAAGUAAUGAUAUGAAGGAGGAGGGUUUUCUGUCCUGUCAAAGGCUGCAACUGUGAUGGAUUUUGAAUUUGUAGUGUCACUAAAUCUCAUGUGCAGAGCCAAUUAUCAUACUUAGAAAUGUUGUGUGUGUGUGUGUGUGUAUUCAAACUAACAUGACUGCAGUCUUCAGGGUGAAGGAACACGUCACCCAGAGCAACGGUGAGGCUCGUUGAUGUGUUUUAAAUAGUUUUCUGGACAACAACAGAGGUCUGCAGCACAGAGGAGCGAGAUAUAUAUCAGGCUUUGGAUACACACACAAUACUCUGCACAUGAGAUUUGUUCACAACAAGAAAAAUAUAGAAAAUGACUAGUCUCAUCCUGUUAAAACUUAAAUGACCAUCUUGAGCAGGAGGGAUACUCAUCUCCUCUUCUCACAUUGAAUCCAUUGAUAACUUUUUUCAUCACAGGGGUCAAAGUUCUCAGACAACAUGACUGAUUUCAAUCAUAGAGCAGUUUUAAAUUCAUAUAAUACUUAAUUCAAUACAUUGUACAUAUUUCCUCCUGUGAAACUUUUCAGGCUCACAAAUCUUUUCUUGCUUUAAUCCCUGUCAUCAGUUUCAUCAUCUGCCUGUUUUUAUAAUGUCUGACUGGGAGGAAACAUACAAUGAUGAAGAUGUUGGGACUCUUCCGUCCCACACCACGAGGGAAAAAUCCUUAAAACUUAAGUUUGGCUCUUUUUAUUUCAUGCAUUUAAAAAGGAUUUAAUGGAAAAUAUAUUACAGUGCUCCUAGUGUUCAGAACAAGUUGGAAGUUACAGGUUUGACCUUCUGUAAGGUCAUGACUUUUACAUAAAGAUGUUUAUUCAGAUAAGAGCCGACAUGUAAAAAACAGGAUGUAUUCUGCCUUCAUGAGGACUGAGUGUCUUCACCGUGAUGAGAUCUCACCUUCUGGUUGUCAGACUGAGGGAAAUGUUAUUUUAUUUCAGUCUGUCUGACAGUAUCAUAUAUAUAUACUGUGUAUCACGUUGUUCCAGCUCUAUAUUUAAGUUAUAUCAUGUUUUUGAAUGGCUGCACCGUUCCAUCAUAUCGACAUAUUCUACAUGUCUUCUGCAUCAUUUUAGACACAUUUUCCCAAAACUUUGAGAUCUCCAGAAUACAUUUAAAUAAAAAAAUGGCUUUUGAAUUUUA